UAAUUAUAUGUAUUGACACAUAUUGACCUUAUAAUGAGAAAUGCCCUGACAGUGCAUAGCCUGUAUAUUUACUGAACAAAUACUAGCACCAGCGUUUCUUAUAAAACUAAACAUUGUUUUAAACAUUAGGUUGAUAAAGUGGCUCACUGGUCGUGCGCAUUCAUUAUGGAUAAACUUAUAGGCGCUCGUGUAAAUUCAAAUUUGAAAUGAAUAAAAACCUAUUUAUAAUUUUGAAGCUGAUUUGGACCAAUGUCCAUUAAAAUAAAUUGAACUGAACUUGCGGCUAAAAAUCAUUUCUCGCGUCCUCUCCAGACAGACGGACUGAAACCGCAACGUAACCUGCGUUCAUGUUUGAACCCGGGAAGCUCCGCCUCCGGCGCGUUCCUAUUGGACAAUCCGGGCGACGUUGUCCCGUGAAGUCAUCCCCACGGCCGCGUGGCCACGCCCCCUCUCGCCGGCCUCUGGGGUGGAUGACGCCACCCGGCGGCUCCGCCCUCUCGCGCGAACCCGACGCCUCGCGUUCAUUUCAUUCCUGCUCUCAUUCCGCGCAUUCUUCGCAUCUCUCGGUGUGUCGGCGAUCCGCGCUCCCGCGCAUUCCCGCCCGGCCCUGACGCGCCACAAUAACUUUACGCACUUUGCAAAAUAAAUUCUCACACAUUUAGGAGGAAAAAAAAAAUUAUCCCAAAACUAUCCAAGCAAAGGGGCGGAGCAGUAAAAAAAAUUAUAUCGGUGACGGACGUUAAGUUCGUCCUGCCGGAAGUUGCAGAUCUCCUCGGAGCGGGGCGAAACCACAGCGCCGGCCAGAGACUUGUUGCUUUCGCGUUGUUUUUUUUCUUCUCCUUCUGCUUCUUUGAAAAUCCUCACCGUCUCACCCUAGUGCGCUCCAGGCUUUGGCUUGGAGGUCCAAACUGCCAAAAUUGAUCCCAGCAGCUGGAGCGGCAGCGAAAGCCCUGCCGAAGACAUGGAGAGGAUGAGCGACUCCGCCGAGAAGCCUAUGGACAAUGAUGCUGAAGGUGUGUGGAGUCCUGACAUCGAGCAGAGUUUCCAGGAAGCACUUGCCAUCUAUCCACCGUGCGGUCGUCGCAAGAUUAUUCUCUCUGAUGAAGGCAAGAUGUAUGGUCGGAAUGAGCUGAUUGCCAGAUACAUUAAACUGCGGACUGGGAAGACGAGGACGAGAAAGCAGGUGUCUAGUCACAUACAGGUCUUAGCAAGAAAGAAAGUUCGUGAAAUCCAAGCCGCCAUCAAGGUGUCUAGUCACAUUCAGGUUCUUGCCCGGCGGAAAUCUCGCGAGUUUCAUUCCAAGCUAAAGGUGACGAGCAUGGAUCAGACCGUGAAGGACAAAGCCCUCCAGAGCAUGGCGUCCAUGUCCUCAGCACAGAUAGUCUCUGCCACAGCUAUCCACAACAAGCUAGGCUUGCCAGGCAUCCCUCGACCUGCCUUCCCUGGAGCGGCUGGGUUUUGGCAGGGCAUGAUAUCCACGGGACAGCCCGGAUCCUCACAAGACAUCAAGCCGUUUGCUCCGCAGGCCUACCCCAUCCAGCCCACUGUCACAACAGCAAUUUCAAGUUACGAGUCUACAGCAGCACCAGCACCUACAGUACCAGCGUGGCAGGGACGCUCCAUCGGCACCAGCAAACUUAGGCUGGUCGAAUUCUCAGCUUUUCUGGAACAGCAGAGGGAGCCGGACUCGUACAAUAAGCACCUUUUUGUACACAUCGGUCAGACAAAUCACUCCUACAGCGAUGCCCUGCUGGAGUCGGUGGACAUUCGUCAAAUUUAUGACAAAUUCCCGGAGAAGAAAGGAGGGCUGAAGGAGCUUUUUGGAAAAGGUCCUCAGAAUUCCUUUUUCCUCAUAAAGUUCUGGGCUGACUUAAACUGCAACGUUCAGGAAGAAACUGGGGCAUUUUAUGGCGUCACCAGUCAGUAUGAGAGUCCGGAGAACAUGACCAUCACCUGCUCCACUAAAGUCUGCUCAUUUGGCAAGCAGGUGGUGGAGAAAGUGGAGACGGAAUAUGCUCGUUUUGAGAACGGCCGCUUUGUGUAUCGGAUAAGCCGCUCUCCCAUGUGUGAAUACAUGAUUAACUUCAUCCACAAGCUCAAACACCUGCCUGAGAAGUACAUGAUGAACAGUGUACUGGAGAACUUCACAAUCCUAUUGGUGGUCACAAACAGAGACACACAGGAGACCCUGCUGUGCAUGGCGUGUGUGUUUGAGGUGUCGAACAGCGAGCACGGCGCUCAGCAUCACAUCUACAGACUGGUGAAAGAAUGAAGCUCGUGCCAGCCAGCAGAUCUGUCCUAUAGACUCUUAACCUCAAUAAAAAAAGAAAGAAAGAAAAAGUGGCAGUGCCUCUAGUUCAACACUCACCUGCAGCGAUUCGAGCUCUCAUCCGGGUGAUGCUUAUUGUUAUUAUAUUUUUGGUUGUUUUCAGUCUUUAUUAAUGUAUAUGUGUUCGAUGUUUUGACUGCAGCUGUGAAUCACGGUACAGUUGUAUUAUGUUUUGAUACAGGAAAGAAGCAUUUUAAAGGAAGCCUAAUCAACUUUUCUUAGUAGGUUUUGCGUGUGUGUGUGUGUGUGUGUGUGUGUGUGUGUGUGUGUGUGUGUGUGUGUGUGUGUGUGUGUGUGUGUGCGCACACGUACACAAAGCGGCAGUAUCGGUAGACUUCGAGUUUGGCUCGAAUUAGUUGAAAUCUGGCCGAGAAAGACGUUUUUAGGUUUUAAUCCUAUUAUAUAAUGUACACAUUAAAAGCAGAUUUAGACUUUAGGUUCAUAAAUAAUACCGUCUAUGAAUGUGUACGUGUCUGUGUAUAAAUGUAUAUACCCACAUACCUGUAGUCUUUCCAAAGAUUAAAAAAAGUAUUUCAGUUUGGAACAUUUGGUUUAUUAUAGAGGAAUAACUGUUGAGGUCAUCAAAAUAAUAAUAACAAAUAAUACAGUUACGGAAUUUCGGCAUCUGUAGCAUUCAGGGAAUUUAAAAGUCCAAGCCCUCGAAAAAAUAUCACGUCUCACCUGCAAUAAAAAAAAAUAACCUGUACUUUAUCUACUAUACAGCAAAUAGUUUCUGCAAAUGUUUGUGGUAAUCACUAAGGGUGCUUUCACACGCAUUACUCCGUUUGUUCGAAUCCGAAUUGGAGCAAAUGUAAUACAUUUAUUUGGUUUUCCUAAUCAGUUUCAUGUUCGCAUAAUUAAACGAAUCAGACAAAGGGCUUAAAAUGUAUUGGUGGAAAUAUAUUUUUCAUUCAUUGGACAGAAAAAAAAAGUUUCAACAAGUUUUGUAGAAAUGUGUAGAACUCGAAGGGAAACAAUCUGAAUUAUUAUUAUUUAUUUAUUUAUUACUACAGGACAAAAAAAUAUAUUUUCCAAUUCAGACCACUGAUAUCUUGAAUGUGUAUCUGUUUAGAGAUUAAAAAUGAAAUGUACUUGUUUAUUCACAAAAUCCAUGUACAUAUAGUUAACAUUGUAGAACAGCAACAGUUGACAAAAUUAAAUAUUUAAUUCUCACAUGUAGAAUUUAUUUAAACAAAACAGGAAGCAUCAUUUAAAAGUGAAGUAGUGAAUCAAUAGCUUAAGUCUACAAUAUGUGUGCAAAAACAUCCGAAUUAUGCAAUGCAAACUGAACGUAGCCAAAAUAACGAAACGCAUAAACAAAAUUUGCAUUUUAUUUACUCAUUCACUUACUAAAAUCAAACGACACUAGAGUUCACUUCGAAGCAGACCGAGACCACCAAGCUCAGAUGACUUUCUUUUUUCCACACCAGAUUACACCAGUGUUCUCUCCGGCUUAAAGAACCGCACCGAGAGCAAAAACGCACCAGGUUUCGAUUUAAAUGGAUUAAACACUGCAUGUGUGAAAGCACCCUAACAGCAAGAGAGCACUACAUAUAACACCAGAGGCGCGCUGAUUGUCAAAAUGUUCCGAGCACUUGGAUUCUUUUGGGACAUGCCUUAUCAAGCGAACCUAUUUUUAUUUUUUUGUUCCGUUUUUCCUAUGUUCGUUUACUCCUUUCACUUGAUUUCGACGAGACACAAUCAUUCUAUAUACAGACAUCAGGGAAGAUUCUUUCAAAGCUUGUCCUUUAAUCUCGUACCUGUUCCAUUAUAAUGCGUUCUUAUCCCGGUAUACUCUGCUGCCUUUAUCCCAAACACCAAGCCUCUGUGGCCUCCUAAAAAAAAAGCGAGCCUUAGCUACGGCUGUGAGAGAUUUGUUUUUGUUUUUUGUUACUUUAAAAAAAACAAACAAAAAAAAGAUGCCACUAAAACUGUGAGCUCUUUCCUAAGCUGGAAGACUUUUCACGUUCUCGUCCCAUGUCAUUCCAUGGAAGUGUCCAGUCCCAGAGCUGCCAAAGCGUAACAAAGCACAGUGCCUUAACGGAUGUCUAUAUUCACAUGAGCUGAGCAAACACUAAGAUCAUCGUUUCAUGGUCAAAUGAGAAAAGACUAGCGUGGCUAGCAUGCACGUCAGCUCGAACCACCACUACAUCCUAGAAAUCUAGUACAACACUACCAAACUAGCCAUGCCUUUCUUAUCAGAACAGACCAAAAAAUGUAUAUCCCUGGAGGCACGAUGAAUCUCCUCCUCGUUUCCUGCACUGUAGCAUACAAGUGCCUUUGGUUCAUGUUUUUUUCCAUCUUAGAAAAGACAAAUCCUAUUUUGCAUGACUAUAAUCAGAACCAAAUACAUUGAUGUAAAGUCAAAUAUUCACCACAAUGCCUUGCUAAAAGUUUAUAGUAGAUGACAAGGGACGGUGAUUAAAUAGUAAAAGAAAAUAUAAUGUAUUGACUUUUAAUCAGAUAUUAUUAAUUAUUCUGUUGUAAAAUUAUUUUGAGACGCAGGUUUGUUUGUUUUUUUUUUCAAUCCAGAUGUUUUAAAAAUUCUGAUCUUAAGUAUUGCUUGUUACUGUAAAUUGGAAGCCCUUUGUGAUAUUUUUUUGUUUACUGGUGUUUUUAUUUUUUAUAAGAAUGCAUAACUGACAUUUUACUUUGGGAGAAUUUGUGAACACUAAUUGAAUUGGAUUUUAAAAUGUCCACGCUAUUGGUUCAAAUCUUUGGAAACCUUCAGCACAGCUUAACGGUAUCCUUUAACACUAUUCACGCCAAUGUUUUCGCUCGUUUCUAAUUGUCAUAUGGUUUUAAUCGUUUGAUUGCUCUCCGUGUUGUACUGCCUAAUGUAAACUGUGGACUUUAACAUGAAAAUAACAGCAAAUUAUUUCAAUUUCAUUUCCCCAUUUUAUUUCUCUCUUCUGGUUCACGUUGUGUGAGAUUUGUGUAUGGACAUUUUUCAUGUAUUACUGUUCUAUGUGCACACAACAAAUUUUAUUUUAUUUAAAUUUUUUUUUUUUUGUGAUGACGUCAGUAUAUUUGGAAGUCCCGUGUGGCCGUGAUGCUGUUACUGCUCUGCUGCUGGCACCUCGGACCUUCUGUUCCAUCCCAGCUGCCCCGCCUUUACUUCACCUGCGAGCUGAAUACGAUUGAUCGUACGCUGAAUUUUAGAAGGACAUUUAUUUUGAUAGUAAUGGACACUGAGCAGUCGCUUUCUAGAGGAAUGAUGACCGCACGUCAGCAGUCUAACUCUUUGUUUCCUGAUUUGUAUUUUUGUCUAUGUGUAGGUACUGGUACCUCCUUUGUUCGUUACCAUUUUUAAGAAGUUGGCUUUAAAGUGAACUAUUCACUAGUUCAAAAUAGUAUCAUUUAAAAAAGAAAACUAUUGGGUUUGUGUGCAGAGAUUUUUUUUGUAAAAAGGUGCUUUGUAUAAAAUUAUAUAUUCUGGCUUUUCUUGGUACAAAGGCGUGAGAUCUUUUAAUAUCAUUAAUGAUGAAGCGUGCUGGAGCAAAGCUGAGAGAGGGAGAGAGGAGUCAGGGGAAAACCUGCUAUGUGUAUGUGUUCCUUACUGCAUAUGGUCUUGUCUUUGCUCUGUAACAUUUUUGAUGCCUUCUUGAUAAAGUGGUAGAUAUUUUGUAGCUUUCUAGAUACUUUGUAUGUAUACCAUAUUGAAUAAAAUAAAUAAGCAUAAA